CUAAUGUAUAACUAGUCUCAGAAAGCUAGAGAAGGACAGUCAGAAGCUGGCCACUGCAUCUGCCGCUCUAGACCUGGAAUUAAGAGGAGGACUCCGACCCAUAAAAUGACAGAAGAUAAGGUCACCGGGACCUUGGUUUUGGCUGUCUUCACUGCUGUGCUGAGUUCCUUCCAGUUUGGAUAUGACAUUGGAGUGAUCAAUGCACCUCAACAGGUAAUUAUAACCCACUAUAGACAUGUUCUGGGUAUUUCACUGGAUGACCGAAAAGCUAUCAACAACUAUGAUCUCAACAGUACAGAGGAAUUGCCCACAAGCCCAGGAGAUCCAACACCGGGCUCUAGGACUGAGGAAGAGACUAUGACAUCAGCUAGCCUCAUCACCAUGUUCUGGUCCCUGUCUGUGUCCAGCUUUGCAGUUGGUGGAAUGAUUGCAUCGUUCUUUGGAGGGCUUCUUGGGGACAAGCUUGGAAGAAUCAAAGCCCUGUUGGUAGCAAACAUUCUUUCAUUAGUUGGAGCUCUCUUGAUGGGGUUUUCGAAACUGGGACCAUCUCACAUUCUUAUAAUUUCAGGAAGAGGCAUAUCAGGACUCUACUGUGGGCUAAUUUCAGGCUUGGUUCCAAUGUACAUUGGUGAAAUUGCUCCAACCACACUCAGGGGUGCUAUUGGUGCUCUUCAUCAGCUGGCCGUUGUCACGGGCAUCCUUAUUAGUCAGAUCGUUGGCCUUGACUUUAUCCUGGGCAAUCACGAGCUAUGGCACAUCCUGCUUGGUUUGUCUGCUGUGCCAGCCAUUCUCCAAUGUCUGCUGCUCUUCUUCUGUCCAGAAAGCCCCAGAUACCUUUACAUCAAGCUGGAUGAGGAAGCCAAAGCAAAGAAAAGCUUGAAAAGACUCAGAGGAAGUGAUGAUGUCACCAAAGACAUCACUGAGAUGAGAAAAGAGAGGGAAGAAGGAUCAAAUGAAAAGAAGGUCUCCAUAAUUCAGCUCUUCACCAGUUCCAGCUACCGACAGCCUAUUCUAGUGGCACUGAUGCUGCAUGUGGCUCAGCAGUUCUCUGGAAUCAAUGCGAUAUUUUACUAUUCAACCAGCAUUUUCCAGACAGCUGGAAUCAGCCAACCUGUUUAUGCAACCAUUGGAGUUGGUGCUGUCAACACAGUUUUCACUGCUGUCUCUGUGUUCCUUGUGGAGAAGGCAGGGCGACGCUCCCUGUUCCUAACUGGAAUGAGUGGAAUGUUUGUUUGCGCCAUCUUCAUGUCGGUGGGACUUGUGCUCCUGAAUAAAUUGCCUUGGAUGAGUUACGUGAGCAUGACAGCCAUCUUCCUCUUUGUCUCCUUUUUUGAAAUUGGGCCAGGCCCCAUCCCCUGGUUCAUGGUGGCGGAGUUUUUCAGUCAAGGACCACGCCCUGCUGCUUUAGCAAUAGCUGCGUUCAGCAAUUGGACAGGCAAUUUCAUUAUCGCCCUGUGUUUCCAGUACAUUGUGGACUUCUGUGGACCUUAUGUGUUUUUCCUUUUUGCUGGUCUGGUCUUGGCCUUUACUCUGUUUACAUAUUUUAAAGUUCCAGAAACCAAAGGAAAAUCCUUUGAGGAAAUUGCAGCAGAGUUCCAAAAGAAGAAGGGCUCAGCUGAAAUGCCAAAACCUGCUGUAGAAAUGGAAUUCCUCGGACCUACAGAAAACAUUUAAAGAUAACCUGCUUUUUGACAUGAGGAAUAACAGGAAGAAAGCAGUGUUUUUUUUUAAUGACCUUUUUUUGAGAAUUUUAUAUCUGUAUCUUGAAAUACUGUGUUAUUUUUUAUAGAGACUUUAUAGGCUCUGAUCAGAAGUAUCAUCAAAUAUUACAAAAAAGUAUUUUUUCUUUUAACUCUAUGUUGGGUGGUAAGACUAUAAGAAAACCAAAAAAUCUAGCUCAUUUUGUUACACUAACUGGUAAGUACAUUUAGUACCAAAAAAAAUUUUUUUUGUUACUUUGAAGACCAAAUGGUUUUUGUGAAAUUAAACACUAAAAAGCCUGGUCAUUUAGCAUGGGUUAUCAGUUAAUAAUAACAACUAUCACAAACUUGUGCUAAUUCCUUACUGGCUCAAUCCCUUGAGCUAUAUUUUGUUUUGCGUUUUUAUUGACCACAAUCUGGUUUUCUGAGUUGUGUUAUAAAAUACAGUCAAACAGUGAUAAAUCAAACAUUUGUUUAGCUCCUCAAACUUCAAAUAAGAUAUAGCAGUCUAACGUAAGAAAUUGGAAGUAAAAGAUUGCUCUGUUUGUUAAAAAAUAUUUUCUGAACUAUUAUGUUUUAAAAUAGGUUGAAAAGGUAGGGUUGGAAGGUCCUGAGGGUGACCUCCUGAAAAUUCAAAAACAUUGAAUUUCAGCCUUGAUCAAAAUCUGUAUUUAAUUUUCCUGGAAAGACUGAGUUCCCAAACACAAAGCAAUCAUUCUUUUUGGUGUUUCCUUUUUUGCCUUGGCAGUAUAUGGAGCUAUCUAAGCUGUUCCAUUACGAUUGCGAACAUUUAUUGUACACAAACACUAAGUGCUUUUACCUAUGUAGACAAAUUGGAAAUACACAGAUGAUUAAACAGACUUUCACUUAGUCAAUUUUGCAACUAUGGAAAUACAGUUCUGAAGGAUACCAAAGGCUUAGCAGGGAGCUGAAAUAUCUCCAGGCUCUUUUCCUCACAAAGUAGAACACUGAAUCAAUCCUCUUUACAUUGGCUUUAAUGUAUGGAAGAGAAAGGCACUUCUUAAAAAGUUCUUUCUAAGAGUGGGAAAAAAGUACUGAACACUUGAGGGGUUUUGUUUUUUUUUUCUUUGACCAAAGUUGUUUACCUUUAUGUAACUUGACAUUCCAAGCAACAUGAAAUUAUUUCUUCUCACUUUGAUUUUUGUUUCUUCUUGGCCAAUUUGGGAUCAACUAUGUUCCCUUAGCUGUUACAGGACACAAAGUGAGCUUAAAUAGUUUGGUAGACCUUUUUUUCUAAACUGUGAACUCAGUUAAAAUAAAAAAAGUAGGGACUUGGAGUCGGGCAGAAGCAGGAAAAUGCCUCAUCCCGUGGCUCCUGUCUUCUUCAGGAUGCUGGUGGCCUUUGAGAAGCCCAAAGUUGCACCAGUAAAGAAAUUUAACAUAUGUAUAGGUGAUGGAUGUGAUUUAUUCGAAUCACUAUUCCUGAUCUCAUGUAGAAUAAAGUAGUAAGUGUUUAGGACUUCCCUGAUGACUCAGUGGUAAAGAAUCUGCCUGCCAGUGCAGGAGAUGCUGGUUUAAUCCCCUAGUCAGGAAGAUCCCCUAGAGAAAGAAAUAGCUACCCCUCCAGUUUUCUUGCCUAGAGAACCCCAUGGACAGAGGAGCCUGAUUGGCUAUAGUCCGUGGGGUCGCAAAGAGUCAGACACGACUUAGUGACUGAAAAACAACAAAUUAGAGUUUAAAUAAAGAACCCACAAGACCCCUUUUAAGUUUUGAUUAAUUUUUCUGACUGACCACAAAUACUCAAAAUUCAGACCCUGAAGUUUUCUGCCUCAGGGAAAUAUAAAUAGCAUAUAUUGUUUCCCUUUCAUAAUUUUUUCCUUGCAAAGAUACAAGUGAGUCGAAAAGAAACAUUCAGAUGAAAUAAGCGGUUAAAGCUUCAUACUAAAACAAAGGAACUAGCAUAACAUAAUAAAAACUCCUAGGUUCUCAGCAAUAUUCAUCAUAAUAUAUAAUAAAAUUGGCACUAAUUAAUUAGAUUUAAUCCCAGGGAACUUAGAUGUGAGUUUGAAUGCUUAAUUUUCAUAGUACACUAUCAUUUUUGUGGAGUCGUUUUCAUAGUCGAACAUCUUUACAAAUGUGAUCUUCUCUUAACUUGCUCGGAGCAGGAUCCGGUCCUUCAUCUGCUUUGGUGUCAGGACACCAAAGCAGGGAUCUCCUCUGAGUUCCUCUUCCCCACUCCCUGCUACAGGAUUAGCAUUGUCAUGCACGCUGAGACACAGUAAGAGAAUGCCUCGCCUCAAGGAGCUCAGUCUAUUGAGGACUUCAGGAAAAUCAUCUGCAUUUCUUGCCUUCUAUCACCUCAAUGUAAAGGACUUUGUAAAUAAAAUGCACUCAAUAAUAUACCUACCUCAGAGAGCUGUGAGGAUUAAACAUAAAGUGCUAAGCAGAGUGCCUGGUACAAAGAGGGCACUCAACAAAUGUUACCUAAAGUUAGUAUUCAUGACAAUACUGUUAGGAUGCAGAACUAUCACAUAUAAGAUAGUUCCAAUAUUUUUCUUUUGAAUAAAAAAAUUUUUAUAAAUGCAAUAUUUUCUUACUUCCAGCAACAAUCCCACAAUGACAAGGGAAUUGUAAGAAUUAGAUGGAAUAUUAGGCUGUCUAAUACUUAAACCCAUACUUGAUAUUUCUAAGUAGGGUAUAAGAGUUUUUCUUGUAUUUUUUAAAUUUGCUUUUGCCUAAGUUAUUUUUAAGAGGUCUAUAUGUAGUAUUAUUUCUUUGGAUAAUGCUAAAUACAAAAUAAAAUGCUAAGUAUCAUAUAUAAAUGUAACAACAGGAUUAAAUCACAGGACAAGGCCAAGCCUUCUUGAUAAGAUGCAAAAACUGCAAAAAUGAGAACUUCUCUGGUGGUCCAGGGGCUGACUCCGUGCUCCCAGUGCAGGGGCCUGGGUUCCAUCCCUAGGAAUGAGGGAACUAGAUCCCACAUGCCGAAACUAAAAGAUUCUGUGUCCCGCAAUGAAGAUCAAAGAUUCUGUGUGCUACAGCGAAGAUCUGGCACAGUCAAAUAAAUAUGGAAAUAAAAUUAAAAACAUUUAAAAUAUUAGAUUACCUAAAAAGGUGUAAAAAUAAUUACUAAAGUGUAUAAACUAGUGUACAUAAAUAUUUGUUGCUAGCUUAUUAUUGUAUACAUAGCAAACAAAGCAAUGUUGGGCAGUAUCUUGUGCUUACAGUGUCCUAAGGAAAGGUGUUGAGUUAAGUGUGAAAAAAUAUAAUUUUUCAUUACAAUUGUGUAUUAGUGAUCUGAGGAGAAAGGGUUUACUGCCAAUCACUCUUGAGCCAUCUGCUGGUGCUUUUACCGCUUUCUAGUUGGGUGCACGUUAGAAAGAAUCAUCAGGAAAAUGCACUGGUUUUAGUUAUGAGUGUAUAUACACUGCAGUUUGGUGUCAAUAAAUAUAUUUCCAAUUGUUGUGUUACUUUAUUUUAUGUGGAAAAUAACCACAUUUAAGAAAAUUGGUAUUGGUUUACUGUAUAUAAUCAUUUCCUUCUCACAGUAUCUUUCCGUUUCUCAUUUUAAAGAUAAUAUGUGAGUUGUGUUUUAAAUCCAAAUUUUAUUUCCAUCAAGCAGUUGUUUUGAUUAUCAGUUUAGUAGGAAAAACUAACCGGUAGGCUAGGUGAGAACAGUUGAAGAGGAAUGAAGGACUCCCUCUGAUGAAAAUAGAAAUGCUUUAAUUCAGUAAAUAUUUGAUUGAGCUCCUAUUAUGAACACAACACUUUAUGAAAGUUUUGUAAAAGAUACAAAGCUUAGAAAACAUGGUCCCUCUCUUCAAUCACCUGCAUUCUCAUAACGAGACUAAACUUUAAAAACAAAUAGUUAUGGUACAAGGGACAGAAUAGGAAAAACUGUAAGUUCGUGGUUUUAAAAUUUUUUAGUUGGCAUCUAAAAUUUUUCAUCAUACACUUAAAUAGCUGCAAAGGAUAUAACUUUUCAAAAUAUAUAUACAUUUUAAAUUGCUAUGCUCUAUUUAUCCAAUAGCAUUUAAUUACCAUAGUAAUUUGUUACUCACCAUAACCAUUUUUGAUGAAAUUAUUCAUUUUCUUAUUUCUAAAUUUUCAUCAUGAAAUUUAAGAACACUAGCAAAUAAAAAGUACAUAUAAAAGCAUCUAGAAAGUAAAGACAGGUCACAUACAAAGAAACAGGAUUCAUAAAAGCAUGUCAUAUCUGAACAGCAGCUAUGAAAGCUGAAAGGCUGUGGAACAAUACCUACAAAAUGCUAAGGGAAAAUGAUUUUCAGCCUAGAAUUCUGUUCCCAGAUGUACUAUCAGUUGAGCGUACAAGUAGAAUUAAGUAUAUUUCCAGACAUGCAAGACUCAAAAAUUUACCUGUUCUGUACCUUCUCUCCUGAAGCAAGAGGAAUGUGUACUGUGCCAAAAAGAGAGAGAAAGAGGGGAAAAACUGAGAGCGAAAGACAUGGAAUUCAGCAAAAGGGGAGAAUGAAAGAUAAGUCUCAGGGCAUGAGUCAUAGGUGACGGCAAGCACCAGGGCCUAGGAAACAACCAGUUCAGACUGAAGCAAGAAAAAGAAGGUUCCGGGGGAAAACAGAACUAAAAUAUUCUCUGACGUGUUUGGCCAUAUGAGGAAUAAUUUGGAAACUUUAGGAAAAAAGAAUAGUGCCAAACACAUAGGAAACUAAACAAAUGCAAAUUCGAGGCGAUUAUGAAUUCCUGGGGAGAGAGUGGGGGCAGGGAGCAACAUAGAAAAGAAAUGUCCUGGUGCACUACUUAACUCAAUGGUGAACAAGUAUUUACACAAUUAUGUAAAACACUGGAUAUUGUUACAAUUCUCAUUUUCAAAUAAAAUUUAUAAUAGUACUGUAUUAUGAGAUAUGUGGAAAAGAAAGGUGAGAGAUUGUGAGGAAAAGCUCAAUGAUAAUUAACAUAGUAGGUUGUUGACACAUAGCCACCAAAAUCUAUAAAGCAAAAAAUAUCCAUAUGAGGCUAUGUGCUGGUAACGGGAUGUUUACCCAUUGUACCCUGCUCUGUGACUCAGAAGGCUGGUCUCUUCAGACUGUAUCAUCUAGGUUCCUUGUCUUUUGCUUCUAGUUGAGUUUGCUUACUGGGCUGCCCUGGUGGGAAAUGGAAGGAUCAGAAGAGGGAGAAGGCAGGCUAUUGUUUCCUUCAGCUUCCAGCCUCCCUCUCUGUGGGCAGUGACUAUAUUCCUCCACUUAUGGCCACAGCUUCUGUACAGCUCCAGUUACACUCAUUACUGGGUUCUGGUAAUCAUUCCCCCAAAUCUUGCCUCUGUUAAUCCUAGAGUUGGUAAUGGCAUCAUACUACCGUGAGUUCUACUACUACUAGUCCCAGGUACUUGACCAUCCCUUGCUGUUCCUUAACUUGGCCUCCUCCUUUGUAAACUCUUUCUUUAUUAAGCUUCUUUAACCACUCCUUUGCAGUGGGUCAGCUGCUUCUCUUGAGACCCAAACAAUACAACAUAUGAACUUGAAUGUGGAAAUUAAAGCUUUAAGAAACAAUUAAAAAUUUUUCAAGGGGCUUCCCUGGUGGCUCAGUGAUAAAGAAUCCACCUGCCAAUGCCAGAGACACAGGAGAUGCAGGUUCAGUCCCUGAGUCGGGAAGAUCCCCUGAAGGAGGAAAUGGCAACCCACUCCAGUAUUCUCGCAGGGAAAAUCCCAUGGACAGAGGAGCCUGGUGGGCUAUGAUCCAUAGGGUUGCAAAAGAGUCAGACACAACUUAGCAACUAAAUAGCAGCAACUACAAAAAGUUUUCAAAUAUUCACCUAUAAGAAAAUUCAUGGUUGAAGAAGGCUGGGGCAAGAACUUAUUGUGUUUUUUUCAAAUAUAUGUAAUAUA